AUGCCCUUUGGGCUCAAGCUCGACACGGUCUCGGGCUGGCGUCUCAUGUCGCUAGCCGACGCAGACGACCUCGACAAGGCCGCGUCCGUCGCCUCCAAUGCCAUCAUGGCCACGCCCGCGCUGCAGUUUGACCCGUGCGUGCGCAUCCUCACGGCCAAGGCAUGCGGCGACACUCGGUAUGCGCUGCUUGUCCAGCGCAUCUACGAAGACGCGGGUGCGACGCAGUUCUACUUGGUCGAGGACCGUGGCGACCGCCCAGCGCUACCAAAGGCCACGCCCGUGCACCUCCACGCAGCAGCCUAA